AAGAAGAAGCAGCAGCAGCAGCAGCAGAUGGGCCAGUGAGACCAGCACCGCGGAGGCUUUGGAACAAAGUACACCCACCACAGCCAGCACACGCUAUUCGGGCGGCAUGUCGUGGCUCUUCGGCUGGGGAAGGGGCUCCGGUGCUCCGCCGUCGGACGAGCUGACAGCGGCCGCUGCUCCUGCUGAUGGGUCCGGGGGGUCGACAGGAGGCGGCUCUGGGGGAGCCAAACCGGGGGACAAGUGGAGCAACUUUGACCCGACCGGGCUGGAGAGAGCCGCUAAAGCUGCAAAAGACCUCGACCAAUCACGAAAUGCCAAGGAAGCGUUGGCACUUGCUCGUAUGCAGGAGCAGACUGUUCAGCUGGAGCAUCAGAGUAAAGUGAAAGAAUAUGAAGCCGCAGUGGAACAGCUGAAGGGCGAGCAGAUCCACCUGCAGGGCGAGGAGAGACGCAAAACUCUGGCAGAAGAGACGAAGCAAAACCAGGCCAGGGCACAAUAUCAAGACAAACUUGCCAGACAAAGGUACGACGAUCAGCUCAGGCAACAGCAAUUUCUUCAAGAGGAGAACCUUCGCAAACAAGAGGAAUCGGUCCUGAAGCAAGAGGCCAUGAGAAAAUCCACCAUCGAACAUGAGAUGGAGCUGAGACACAAGAACGACCUGCUUCGCGUCGAAGCGGAGGCCAAAGCCCGCGCCCAGGUGGAGAGGGAGAACGCCGACCUGAUCCGGGAGCAGAUCCGCCUGAAGGCUGCUGAGCACAGACAAACUGUCCUGGAGUCCAUCAAGACGGCGGGAGCGGUGUUCGGGGAGGGAUUCAGGGCCUUUGUCUCUGACUGGGACAAACUCACAGCCACGGUCGCUGGGUUGACCCUGUUGGCAGCAGGCGUGUAUUCGGCCAGGAACGCUACGGCAGUGGCCGGGCGAUACGUCGAGGCUCGUCUGGGCAAACCCUCGCUGGUUCGGGAGACCUCCAGGAUAACCGUCGCAGAGGCCAUCAAGCACCCAAUCAAGACCACCAAGCGUCUGAGGAGCAGGCCGCAGGACGCCUUGGAGGGCGUGGUGCUCAGCGCCGCUUUGGAGGGACGCGUGAGGGACGUUGCCAUCGCCACUCGUAACACCCGGCAGAACAAAGGCUUGUACAGAAACAUCCUGAUGUACGGACCCCCUGGAACUGGGAAAACACUCUUUGCCAAGAAACUGGCUCUCCACUCGGGGAUGGACUUUGCCAUCAUGACAGGUGGCGAUGUGGCCCCCAUGGGGCGCGAUGGAGUCACUGCCAUGCACAAGGUGUUCGACUGGGCCAGCACCAGCCGGCGAGGCCUGCUGCUCUUCGUGGAUGAAGCGGAUGCGUUCCUGCGUAAGCGGUCCACGGAGAAAAUCAGCGAGGACCUCAGAGCCACCCUGAAUGCAUUCCUCUACCGCACCGGCGAGCAGAGCAACAAGUUCAUGCUGGUGCUCGCCAGUAACCAGCCAGAACAGUUCGACUGGGCCAUCAAUGACCGCAUCGACGAGAUAGUGAACUUUGCGUUGCCUGGUCUGGACGAGAGGGAGAGACUCGUGCGCAUGUAUUUCGACAAAUUUGUGCUAGGUCCUGCCACAACAGGGAGACAGAGAUUAAAACUGGCCCAGUUCGACUAUGGACAAAAGUGUUCAGAUAUUGCACGGCGAGCAGAAGGCAUGUCUGGUCGGGAAAUCUCCAAGCUUGGUGUGGCCUGGCAGGCCGCCGCUUACUCUUCCGAGGAUGGCGUUUUGACCGAGGCGAUGAUCGACUCGAGAGUCGAGGACGCCAUCAAGCAGCACGCACAGAAAAUGGACUGGCUGCAGACGGAAGCGGGGGAGGGCGUCGGGAAGGUCGGCGUACGCCUCCCGAAGGAGAUGGCCGCAGCGCUCGCCGCCCAGGGAGCUGCGUCACUUGCACGUACCGAAGGCGAAGCCCCGACGGUGCGAGACCUUCCCCUUCUGGGGCCACUGAGCGGCGCGGCCCGGGCGCACGCAGCCGCCCUCCCUUUAGAGGUGGGGGCAGACGCUGUCCUUCGAGAGGCGGCCACCCGGGUUCAAGAAAGCGAAGCGGCCGCCGCGGUGCCGUUGGUGCGGGAGGCCGAGGCCGUCCGGGACCUGACCGAAGAGGUUCCUGGCACCGCCGUAGCUGCCGACACCGCUGUUCCCGAGCUGCCGAACGGUGCAGCCGCCGAGGUUAACGAGGCCGCGCCAGCCUCAGCGGACCGAAAAGUAGCUGCUGUGAGUAAGGAGGAGCCACCCGCUGAUGCGGCUGUGCAAGAGGCCGUUGAAGUUGUCAAGGAGGAAGAGGAUGUCGCAGCACAGUCUGAAUCAACAGAGCCUGCUGUUGCUCAGGAGAAGGAAUUGGAUGCUCCUGUCUCUGACGUUGUCCAGGAGCCAGAGGCUGCAGUGCAAUUGGCAACGGAUGCGGGCGGAGAGCCCGAGAGUCCCAGUGCGCAGAAGGCCGCUGCCUCUCAGGCUCCCGGCGCUGAGGCAGCUGAGCCCAGGCAGACGGAGAAGCCUCCUUCGAACAAACCGAGCGGGGACGACGACGACGGCGAAGCUCAAGGCGAGCCUCGGCCACCGAAAUGAUCGCUCCAAUGCUUCCAUGAAAUGCUGUCGUGAAAGAAGGGCUGUUGUCAUUGUUAAACACUCGAGCCUUAAGUGUGCAACGCUCACCUCAAAUUGUUUAGACUCUUGUAGCAGUAUGUUUUUAACUAAAGUACUGCGACUGCUAACACAAGGGAGUAAUUUGAUUGUAGUUUUGCAAAAGU